AUGGCCGCCCCCGCGAAGAUGCGUCUGCGCUCUGAGAAGCACUUGGCUAACAUCACCAAGCGUGGACAGGUCUCGCAGCCCCAAAAGGAGGACAAGGGCUACAACGUUGGCCCUGUGCUAAUGGGCUUCUUCCUGUUCGUGCUGGUUGGAUCUUCAGUGAUUCAGAUCCUGCGAACGGCGCAGCUCGGUCUGUAA